AAGAAAGCUACUGCCGGCGAACAGUGGUACAACAUGCCUCGUACCGACCUCACUCCCGAGUUGAAGAGAGAUCUCCAAUUGUUGAAGAUGCGUAACGUGCUUGACCCGCAUAGACAUUACAAGAAGGAUGGCGGCAAGAUGAGAGCCCCAGACUACUCGCAAGUUGGAACUAUCGUCGAAGGCCCUACCGAGUACUUCUCUGGCAGACUCAACAACAAGGAGCGCAAGAAGACCUUUGUCGACGAAGUCUUGUCCCGCGAGAAGGACACCGGCCGCUUCAAGAAGAAGUACAGCGACAUCCAGACCUCCAAGACCAGUGGGAAGAAGUCU